GUAAAUUUGUGCACAUAUAUAAUUGUAUAUGUCCACACCAAAACAGUAUAUGCUAUUACUACAAAUUUGUCUGCAUAUUUCUGUGCACAAUAAAUGGUUGCAAAAGUGAGAAGCACAAGCUUAAUGUUUGUAUGUAAAUAUGGAUAUAUUUUUAUAUAAACAUUGAACUUUAUCCGGGAAUGGGAUGUUUGUUAUUUUGUUUGUAUUCUUAUUUUUUUUCCUUAUAUAUCAAUGUGUUGUUAUCUGGAUGGUGUUGAAAUGCUUAUUAUAUCGAGGACUGGAAAAUUCGAAGUGAAUUUUUUCUUCUUUACUCUUUUUCGUGACGAAUUUUGAUUAUUAAGAAGGGAGUGCUUCCAACUGAAGAUGUGUUGUAUUGAAGGCUUUGGAGAGGCUAGAGUUAGGGUGUCAUGAUUGAUGCCAUGUGUCCUGGCUGAUGGUCCUUUCUCUUCUCUUUUGCAGUUGAAAGUUGCAAAAGAAACCCGUGCCCUCUAUGCAACUGCACGUUGGACUCUGUGUGGGCGCUCAAGGACCAUCUAGCCAGGAGACAUGAUAUGAAAGUGCAUAAGUGCGUCUUUUGUGGGGCCAAGUUCCGGGAGGUAGAACAAAUGGCCGUGCAUAUGAGCAAGAGACAUGGGGAGAAGUUGGCUGCUGGGGAGGCCAGGGGAUUGUCAGGGGCUGUGGCGCCACCUUGAGUCAACAAAAGUGCUCCUCAUAUUAAUCACCUCAGUAAAUCUACAAAAGAAGUUUGCAGGCGAGCUGUAUUAUACAGCUGUUCCUACUGUCGUUGUCUUCCGUGAAGGCCGUCGUCCCAUUCAUACAUUCCAGUAGAAGUACACAAGCAUUCCGUCUUUACAAGCGGUGCUGAUGUAGACCCCAAGAGUCACAACAAUGGUGGUGUGGAUUGUGCUGCAGAAGACGUAGCCAGUGACGAAGGCUUCUCUCUCUUAUUUCAGGUCACACCAACAAACCUGCAUGCUACAUCUGUGGGAAGGUGAUUUCUAAUGUGCAAAACCUUUACAAACACAUCCGGACAAUCCACCAGCGUCAAGUGUCUCGCUGUGAUUACUGUGGUUCAGUGUUCCGUAAUGCCGAAUCGGCUCGAAAGCACGUGCUGAAAAUGCACAGAAAUGAUCUCAGCCAAGGUCGUGGGCUGUCCAUGGUGGAGCCCAUGGUGGAGCCAGUGGUCUGUGGGGGCUGGACCCCCUCCACAUGCACCACCUCUUCACCUCAAAUUGAACAGCUGCAUCAACAUUCCAUGAAGAGCGAGGACCUCACUUAGUAGGCUCUACUCCAAUAUUUGCUUGGUAUCUUCCUGCUUGUGCUUAGUGAACUUGUCUGAAAGUUUAGUUCCAAACACUUGUUACCAUUUGUAUGUUUUUUAGAACAAAUAAUGUAUAUAGAAAUUUAUAUGAAUGUUAACUAUUGUGAUGUCUUAUCUUGAAUGUCACAUUUAUGAACUUAUAGGAAGAGGAUCACGUACUACUAAUACCUGAAGAUUAAUGGAUCAUACCUGAAUAGCAGAUAGCCAGCUUACUCUCCUGUUAGCUGCCAGUGUGAUAUGUUUGUAGUAUGAUGAUUAGACCCAUUAAAGGUGGUCAUCCUGUAUUUAAUGAAUUGUUGUGCGGUGACGGUGGUUACGGGGGGAAGAAGGCGGUACCCACGCCUUGUCCAGUGUGCGGCAAAGUACUCUCCAACGCUUACAAUAUGCGCGUUCACCUGGAGACACACCAGAACAUCACAUACAAGUGCAUCAUCUGUGGCAUCAUAACACGCACACGUGACACCAUGAGGAAGCAUCUUUCCAACGUUCACAAGCUGCGUAAUGUAGAGCUCAAGAACUCUUUCAAGAAGAUUACUGGCAAGCAGCAAUCCAGCAGUGGCUCUGCCGACAGCACUUCCCCCAAUACAACAUCUGCAGCCACCACACCAACCAAAAGUGCCACCACUAAACUAGCUUCCCCUUCCUCUGACCUGAAGCUGUCAGGCAUUGCCAGCCCUCUACCUGAGGCAGAUCUUGGCCACAGUUCAUUUUCUGGCAUGGACAACUUGGGGGCCCUAAAUUUGGCAAAGGGCAAUAAUCUGGCAUCUAUAGUUAGCAAAUUGAGUCAGAAACAGUGAAGUUUCGUGAAGAACUGAGGCAGAUAAACUGCUUUUUUAUGUAUUUAUAAAGGAUGGCCGCCAGUUGCAAAGAGUCCAAAGAAACAUUUUCUUAGGAUUGCGUGUCAAAUUGCAUUGAAGUCAGUCACGCUUUCCAAGUUCGCACUUCCUAGUCCAUUUGUAGGGCAGUCAGUCAAGGACAAAGCUUGCUAUGGCAACUUGGGUUUUUAUUAUUAUUAUCAUCAUUAUUAUUAUUAUUAUUAUUAUUAUUGUUAUUUUUAUUGUUGGGUUUUGGGACUAAAUCUGGGUAUCUGCACAUAAGACAUGUUUUAUAUUGUUUGGAAAUGCUCUUCCUUCCUUGUUGUCUCCUCCUCCAGUUCCCAUUCCCUUUCCUGUUCCAAUUCCUGUUCCUCCUCCUCCUCAUUUUACUCCUUGCAGAAAAUUGUAAGGAGAAGCUAUUUUUUUUUUUUUUUUUUUUUUUUUUUUUUUUUUUUUUUUUUUUUUUUUUAAUGUAUAUGCCUUUAACCAAAAUGGCCAGUUUUUCCUAUUGUGAUAGUCGUUUCCCUUGUUGUUACCAUUCUUUGUUGUUAUUGUAAAUGUUACCAAGUUUUAUGCCAAAUGCAAGUUUAGUCUGUAAUUAAAGUGCUCUUAAAACACUUGAAGGUGCUAUUCAUUUUUUUUUUAAGUAUCUUAGCAUUUUUAGCCAGUACUAGAAGAAAAUAUUACUUUUAAGUGUUGUGAUUGAUUUUUAUUUAAUUUUAUCAUUUUGUUCUCCAUUUUGGAUGGCUCGUAAUAAGUAAUUUUUAUCAUUUAGUUACAUUUGAUGAUGCCUUUUACAACUAUGUUAUUUUAUGCACAUUUUCUGUUGCUUUCCAAACAAGGAAAAAAGGAAAAUUCUCCAGUACUUGUAGAUGUAACCUUAUCAUAAUGAGUACUGUUGUUUAUUUUGUUAUUUUUGUGUUCACAUUUUUCAUUUUAUAUUAUUAUACUUGACAUUAUAAAGUAGUCUUGCUGAUGUAUCAUUGUUUGAUAUGAUCAUUAUUAUUGCUGUUGUUAUUAUUAUUUUGAUAUUAUUAUUAUUAUUAUUAUUAUUAUUAUUAUUAUUAUUAUUAUUAGUUAUUACUAUUACUACUAAUGAUUAUAAUUUUCAUUGCUAUUAUUACUACUGCUGUUACUUUUACUUUUACUUUUACUAUUACUGUAACUAUUAAUACUGUUUUUAUUAUUUUUGCUUAGCUGAUAGUUUAUACUCUUCUUUACCAUAUUGAGCCACUGCCUUACUGCAUCCCAGUGUUUUGUUACUUUGCAUUUUUAGAACAAUAUGUUUGAUAUUGUUUGGUCUCAUAACAUGUAAAAGAUUACUUGCCCAUUCUGAAGACAGUACAAGAAAAAUUAGCAUGAAACUCAGUUUCAAGUGCCUUCUGUAUAUUUUGUGAGUGAUUCUGAUGGUAGUGAAGAAAGAAAUGAAGUUAUUGAUUGCUGUUGCAGUGUGUAUUGAUAUCAGUAAUGUAUUAGAUGAGCAAAUGAGAGUGAGAAUGGGAGAGACAGUGAACGUCUGUGGCUUGCGUCAUUUUUAUGAGGUGUAUUAGAUUGAGAUAUGAUAAAGAACACAUUCCUACAUGCACGCUAAUUUUGCAGUAGUUGUAUGUUCUUGGAAGAUUUCUAUAAAAAACUACAAAUGAGGAAAUAAAGAAGUAUAGGUUUUAUAUUUUCAUUUAUUUUUAUUUAUAUAUAUUUUUGUAUAUUUUAAUGUGUGGGUGCAUCUGUACCAUUACGUGCAAACCACAGUCUACAAGAAUGAUAUUGCCGUUGUUGAUUUUAAUGUAAAACUCAUUAUCUACUUGGAAGUAGGAAAUAUCAAUUAUCUUGUAAAAUAUCACUAAAGACAAUGAAGGUAUAAGUCUGAUGAAGAUGAACGUUAACUUCUUGUUGCAUCAGUCCUUAUACUGUUUGUCUGCAUGUUUGCAAAACUUUGGUCAUUGGUUGCUUGGAACCUGGGAGCAUGUUUGCAUUUUACAGUGCGGGCGGUAUUCAAAAGAGAGGACUCUUAGUUUACAAGGAUGGAAUAUGAUGAUAGAAACACCUAUUAGUUCAUUGUACCAAAUGUAGGAAAGGUAUAAAUGAUAAUGAAUGAUUAAGAGGCAAGAAAAGUAAUUGGUUUCAUAUAUAUAGAUAGAUAGAUAUAUAUGUGUAU